AAUUUCAAUUCAAAUACAUCACAUCGUUUCACUAUUUCAUAUUAACCAAUACUAUAGAAUGUAUCUAGUUACUUUGAACACGAUAGACUGGGGUGUGCAUCGUUUAUUGUGCAAACAGACUAGUUGACAUUAUUAUUAGUCAAAUAAAGACUAAACAUUCGAGCAUGUGUUAAAAACAGUGAAUAAUCAAAAGUGAAGUUCUAUCAGAAGAAAUAAGGAUGUGCUCGUGCCAAAUAGUAACUGGCUGUGAAUUUUUGAGUACUAUACGGAAAGAGUCAUAUUCUGUUGAGCUUUAUUUCAUGUGGUGAAAUUCGGCUGUUCAGAAUGUUCACUAUGGCACAUACUGAGUAAAACAUCGUUUCCAAUAUUCACAAUCAUAUUUCAUUUCAACAGACGGUGAGAUUCAUCUCACAAGUUGUCGCCACAUAUCAUGAUGGAGAGAUAGUUCAUAAAAGUUGACCGAAGUUGACAAAAUUAUCUAUACAGAUUGGAUGGAACAUUCAUGGAAAGUAAACUGAGAAUAUCAGUAUGCCCAGUGUCGGUGUGAUUAGUUGUCUUUGAAUAGGAUGAUCUUAAUGAUGACACAUUUCCCCAUCAACUAUUCGACUCCAUAUUUUGUGGUAACAGAUCUUGGUUCAGACAUCAAACAAUCUCUUUUUCAAAUUCCCACGAAAAUCGAGGAAAGCCAGCCUAUAUCGAAACUCAAUGGAAGAAUAGAAUGUCAAAAAGAUUUCACAAAUUAUGAGAUACCUGUUCCUGAAAAAUGGAUCAGAAGUGGUACGUUGGUGGAGUUUGAAGUCAUCGGAAAAAUCUGUUCGCAAUACAAUACAAGUGACACAUGCCAAAGAGAAUUGACACCGACUAUGACAUGCACUUGGUGUGAAAAGGUGAACGCAUGUAUACAAAGUAACGAUCACAAUACUCAUGGCCUGAAAAUAAAUGACUGCCGUGUUCAGAACAUCUCGGAUGUCAACGAUGUGAGUAUUUCAAAAACUAUGAAACACAAUGAAACAACGUCGGGAAUCACUGAAGUUCAGGUUAGUGAAAACCUCAUGGAAACUAAUGAAGAAACUGAUAAACACUCGAAUAUGACUACGGAAACAACGGAAGAGAAUAAACAACACAAGUUACAUUGGUACUUAUACGUUGUAAUUUCUUUGGUCGCCCUUCUAUUUCUAACAUUUAUCGGCUUUAUAAUUUGGAAGUUGUUACUCAGAUUCCAGCAUUCAACAACUGCUGCGAUACACACACGUUCUCUUACAAAUAUCGCACAAGCGAAAGUUAUUGUGUAUUGGUUAACUCUCAUGUAAUAAUUAAGUGAAACACUGAAGCAUUUACACAAAAUAAGUGUGAGAAAAGGGAACAAAACAAAGAAUAACUGAAUAAUAAUGUAGCCACUGCUAACUACACGUAAACAAUCUGUAUCAAUUUGAUGAAAACAUACAACAUCAUUGAUAAAUUUUCAGUGAAUGAUCAAAUGAUUAUGCAAUAAACUGAGCUGUAUUUAAAUUCACUUAGUAUUGUUU